AAUAUCUCCAACUGUCCAGACUGGCUUUCUCUCUCUCCUCACCUUUACACAUUAUGUCUGCACUGACGCCUCUCAUUUCUCUCCUGUCCAGCUCGGCGUUGGUUUAAUCUCGGAAAUAUGGAUUGACUUUGAUUUUACUCGGUCGCCUGUUGAAGUUUUUAAAGCGCAUUUCACGGGCUGAUCGUGCCUCUGCUCAGCGAGCUUCAUGUUUCCCUCGGCAACUUUCGGAAGUAACUCGUUCCGGAUGUGUUCACACUGUUGAACUGAUCCGUGCGCGCGAUCAGAAGGAUUUUAAAUACGGAUUGAGUUCGAGGCUUUUCACACUUAUUUUAUUUGUGUUUAAAGUGAUGGCGGAGCGGGGAGCCCGGCUGCUCCUCUCUCUUCUCUGCCUCACGAUCACAGUUUCACAUGCUGAAAAAGGAUCAGCAGUGAGGAACUUCAGCCCAUUCCGGUUCUCCACGGAGCCGUCAGAUACGCUGGCAGUGCGAGGAGCGCCGACGCUGCUCAACUGCUCAAUCCACAGCGAGUCUCCUGCCAAGAUCGAAUGGAAGAAAGACGGCUCUUUCCUCAGCCUGGCCUCGGACGAUCGCAGGCAGGUCCUGGCCGAGGGUUCUCUGCUCAUCAGCUCAGUGGUCCACUCUAAACACAAUAAACCCGAUGAGGGGGUUUACCAGUGCGUGGCCACUAUAGACAACCUGGGCACCAUCAUAAGCCGUACAGCUAGACUCAGUGUUGCAGGGAUACCGCGGUACCUCAGUCAGCCGGAAGCCGCGCCGGUGCGGGUGGGUGACAGUCACGUGCUAAACUGUGAGGUGAAUCCAGACCUGGUGUCUUUCAUCCGCUGGGAACAAAACAAAGAGCCGGUUGAGCUGGACCAGAGAGUCUUCACACUGCCCAGCGGUGCUCUCGUCAUCAGUAACGCCACAGAGGCAGACGCAGGCCUGUACCGCUGCGUGAUCGACAACGCUGGGCCCACCAAGACCAGUGAAGAAGCUGAAAUACAGAUACUGCCUGAAUCAGGGGAGGAAAGGACCCUGGAGUUUCUCCUGGAGCCUCAGCAUGUGUUUAAAGUCGUUGGGGAGAGUGUGCUUCUCCCCUGUGUGGUGACGGGAUAUCCCACAGCCGAUGUCACAUGGAUGCACAAAGACCAGCUCAUUGAGUACAGCAAGGGCCGCUUUGAAGUGCUUGGCGGAGGCAGUCUGCGGAUCUUCAAUCUCACUGAGGAAGACGCGGGUGUGUACAGCUGCAUGGCAGACAACGUCAACGGAUCCAUUGAGGCCCAGACUGAACUCACGCUGAAAGCUUCCCCACAGUUCCUGAAGAAACCAGCUAACAUAUAUGCUCAUGAAGCCACAGACAUCAUCUUCGAGUGUGAGGUCACAGGCUCACCGGCUCCCAUCAAAUGGGUGAAGAACGGAGAUGCCGUCAUUCCCAGCGACUAUUUCAAGAUCAUUAAGGAGCAGAACUUGCAGGUGCUGGGGCUGGUCAAGUCAGAUGAAGGUUUCUAUCAGUGUUUAGCUGAGAAUGACGCUGGCAAUGACCAGUCAGGUGCUCAGCUCAUUAUAUUGAAUCAAGAUGUAGCCAUCCCCUCCCCCCCUCCCACCUCACUGACCCGUGCCACUACUGACCGUCUAAUGCCAGGCUCCAGAGGCGGCGCUGGUCCCACACCCUCCGCCCCCCGUGACGUUGUGGCCUCCCUGGUCUCCACCCGCUUCAUCAAGCUGACCUGGCGCCUUCCUGCUGAACCGCAUGGAGAUGAUGUCACCUACUCGGUCUUCUACAGCCUGGAGGGCAAUAACAGGGAGAGGAUAGUGAACACCAGCCGUCCAGGAGAAAUGCAAGUCACCAUUCAGAACCUCAUGCCAGACACCAAGUACUCCUUCCGCGUGGUGGCCCACAACAGAAACGGCCCUGGAGAGAGCUCAGUGCCUCUGAGGGUCGCCACCCAGCCUGAAGUCCAGGUACCUGGUCCUGCUCCAAACCUACAGGCAGUGGUCACGUCCCCCAGCACAGUGAGUCUCAGCUGGGACAUGCCCCUCAUAGGCAAUGGUGAGAUCCAGAACUACAAAAUUUACUACAUGGAGAAGGGCAUGGACAGUGAGCAGGACCUGGAUGUGAACACACUGUCCUACACCAUGACUGGACUGAAGAAGUUCACAGAGUACAGUUUCAGAGUGGUGGCCUAUAACAAACAUGGACCUGGAGUGUCCACUGAGGACAUAUCUGUGCGCACAUACUCUGAUGUCCCCAGUGCUCCGCCACAGAACAUGACGGUUGAAGUGCUGAACUCUAAGAGCAUCAUGAUCAGAUGGCAGCCUCCACCAGCAGAUGCUCAGAACGGUGAGAUCACCGGCUAUAAGAUCCGCUACAGGAAGGGUACGAGGAAGAGCGAGGCAGCCGAGAUUACUUCAGGAUCGCAGCUCUAUCAGCUCAUAGAUGGUCUGCAGCGAGGCACUGAAUAUAUGUUGCGAGUGUCGGCCAUUACAGUCAACGGCACGGGUCCGGCCACAGACUGGACCGCUGCUGAGACGUUUGAGAGCGAUCUGGAUGAGACAACUGUGCCAGACGUCCCCAGCUCCUUGCAUGUGCGGCCACUUGUGAACAGCAUUGUAGUGAGCUGGACACCCCCGGAGAACCAGGACAUUGUGGUGAGGGGUUACACUAUCGGCUAUGGGAUCGGCAGCCCUCAUGCCCAGACCAUUAAAGUGGACUACAAACAGAGAUACUACACCAUUGAGAACUUGAAUCCCAGCUCGCACUACGUUAUCACACUGAAGGCCUUCAACAAUGUGGGGGAGGGAAUCCCUGUGUACGAGAGCGCUAUCACACGACCCCAAUCAGACCCCAUAGACCCUGAUGUUGAUUUGUACGAACUUUUCAAUGCUCCAUACACUCCAGUACCAGACCCUUUACCCAUGCUGCCUCCUGUGGGCGUUCAGGCAUCUGUUCUGAGCCACGACACCAUUAAAGUCACCUGGGCGGAUAACUCACUGCCCAAGAACCAGAAGAUCACAGAUGCACGUUACUACACAGUGCGCUGGAAGACCAACAUACCCGCAAACACAAAGUUCAAGGUGGCUAAUACCACCACACUGACUCACACUGUGACGGGUCUUAAACCCAACACCUUGUACGAGUUCUCUGUCAUGGUCACCAAGGGCCGGAGGACCAGCACCUGGAGCAUGACUGCACAUGGUACAACUUUUGAAACAAUCCCAAGUUCUGCACCUAAAGAUGUGACUGUCGUGAGCAAAGAGGGACGACCACGUACCAUCAUUGUCAACUGGCAGCCACCCUCAGAAGCCAAUGGCAAGAUCACAGGUUACAUCAUUUACUACAGCACUGAUGUGAAUGCAGAGGUUCAUGACUGGGUCAUUGAGCCAGUAGUGGGGAACAGGCUAACCCAUCAGAUUCAAGAGCUGACCCUUGAUACCACCUACUACUUCAAGAUCCAGGCGCGUAACUCUAAAGGGAUGGGUCCCAUGUCUGAUGCUGUCCAGUUCCGCACUCCUAAAGCCGAAUCCUCUGACAAAAUGGCUAAUGACCAAGCUCCAGGUAUAUUGGUGAAACCAGGAAGACCCUCUGCACCUGAACAUGGUUUUGGAUCAGUUGGCCAAAUAAACACUGAAGGCUUUCAAAACUUUUUCAAACUUUCAGGGAAAACAGAUAUGUCUGGCACUGGUGAUAACCACAUUCUGGUUAUUGUCAUAAUUGUGUCUGUGGGUGCAUUUACCAUCAUCCUGGUGGUGGUUGGCGCCUUCCUGUGUACACGCCGUACUACAACACAGCAGAAAAAGAAACGUGCUGCCUGUAAGUCCGCUAAUGGAUCCCACAAGUAUAAGGGCAAUUCCAAAGACCUGAAGCCACCAGACCUCUGGAUCCACCAUGAACGUUUGGAGCUAAAACCUAUCGACAAAUCGCCUGAAUCCAAUCCAGUCAUGACUGACACACCAAUCCCCCGAACCUCCCAGGACAUCACCCCGGUGGACGGCUCCAUGGAUCCUAUGCUCCAGAGACGUAACUCUUACCGUGGCCAUGAAUCAGAGGACAGCAUGUCUACACUGGCAGGCCGUCGGGGAAUGAGACCUAAAAUGAUGAUGCCCUUUGAUGCACAACCCCCUCAGCCUGUGAUUAGUGCUCACCCCAUCCAUUCCCUCGAUAACCAUCACCAUCAUUAUCACUUGGGCAGCCUGGCCUCGCCAACACGCAGCUAUCUCCACCACCAGAGCAGCACGCGGUCCAUCGCCACCCCCAUCUCUCAUCUAGACAGGGCAGAGUCCACAGAGUCAGUAAGGAACACCCCUAGUGCUGACCUGCAUCCUCCGUCUGGGCAGCCCUCUUGCACCACCGACCUUUCAGAGACAGACAUUAGCUACCACAGCUCAGCUGCUGAGGAGGAGCCAGCAUUCAGUACACCCACAGCACACGUUCGUCCCACGCACCCACUCAAGAGUUUUGCAGUGCCUGCCAUCCCAGCUCACCCCAUGUAUGACUCAGCAGCAUUACCCAGCACUCCACUGCUGUCUCAGACAGGGCCUCACUCAGUUAAAACAGCCUCUAUCGGUACGUUGGGAAGGACGAGAACUCCUAUGCCUGUCAUAGUUCCAAGUGCACCGGAUGUCUCGGAAAGUAGCAGACUGCAUGAAGAUGCAGGGAGCAAUUACGAGACGGACGAGUUGACGGAGGAAAUGGCCCAUCUGGAGGGCUUAAUGAAGGACCUAAAUGCCAUCACGACAGCCUGAGCACAAUCCUCACAAUAACACUAGACCUCACCUGCAACGGGGAGGACGUACAGCAUGGAGGAGUUCUCAAUCAUUCGCUAAAUGGAGAGAGAAGAGAGUGAGAUAGGAAAAAAAAAACACUAAUGUUUGGCAUACCUUGCUUACUCUCAGGAAGGAUGAGGACAGUGGACAUUCUGAGAAAGGACAUGGUUACUUCAACCAGAUGAUUGCGAUUUUUCUCUCAGCAUCCUAAAACGUUUCCUUAUGUUUCAGCAGAGACCGUUUGAAAAGACACCGUUUUAUUAUCCUACGAAAAAAGGAAAACUACAUUAUGCUGGUGUAUGUGUUGGUGCUUGUAAGGCACAAUUUACAGUGUUUCAUUUGUGUCUUUUCUUUGUAUGUUUUUGUAUCUAUAUAUAUUGCCCCCGUUCCAGUGAGCUGAACGUUGGACAUCGUCCUUUUUAUUUCUGCAACUCAUUUUGUAUUAAGCAUUUUGAUUGAUGUCUCUUUCUCUUUUGUAUGUCAUAUAAUGUGCCAUGUCUUAUUUUCUUAAACAUGUUUUGUAUUGUUUUAUAUGCAUAUACACUUAUCUGUUUGUAGAUAUGUUUAAAAUGGACUCAUUUCAUCACCACAGCAAUGUUUUUGACCUCUCAUGAGUGUCAAACAUCAGAGACAUGCUGCUUUUACAUUUGCCAUUAGAAUGGAUUUGUGCAGUCUGCAACGUCACUUCCCCCUUCUACAUUGUGUCUGUUUUAAAUGGGAGUUCCCCUCAGAUAUGCCUUAUUGAAUUUGUGUGGAAUGGCAGAAAUCAGUACAACUGGGAAAUAUUUUCAAAAUGUUUAUCACACAACACUGUGAUAUUUAUUCUGUAAUGCUGAACUGUUACUGGUUACUCAGUCCGUUGGUACGAGAACGUAGACCUCCAUCACGCAUGCUGUCAGACUUGGUGCUGAAACUCAAAACUUCAGGUUGUACACGUGUAACUGCUAACUGAACAAAUUUGGUACAUUGGGAAGUGCUUUAUAUGGUUUAUUUCCUCUUGCUGCAUUGGUCUGAAUUCUUGUAUCAGAGCUUACACAAACCCAAUGAAUGAAUGACAACAUUCACUGUGAGAUUUUACAGACCACAUUCUUGGCACUUAAAUGCAACAAAGUGCAAAUGCAACACUUUUAUACAGAACUCCCAGUGCUCAUCUUUUAUUUUCCAUUAUAUUUCUUGUAUUUGUUUCAUAUGAAGUACUUGUAUAGAAUUUCAAUGUGCGAGGCAAAAAACCCAAUUAUUCAUCCCCUGCUGGAUAUGGUUUUAAUCUGUACUUUUACCCAAAGAAAAUAUGUAACAGCAAUCAUAAUUUUGUUUUAUGAAUUUAAAGUCUCAAACAUUUUCUUGAAUGUCAUUCUGACUGUAAGAAAUUCUGGUUAACUAUAGGAACAUGUUAAAAAGCUUGGUAAAAAAAACAAUAUGACCUAUUUGGGAUAACCUAUCAAGUUGUAGACAGUCAAACCUUUAUUGCACUUUUUCAACAAUUUCAAAAGAAAAAAAAACAUUUUUACAUAUCCUGUGUUUUGAAUAUAAAGCUCUAUUUGUGUAAUGUAGUGUCAUAGUUUAGUAUAGGCAGCUGGUCUUAUUUGUUCUUUUGCCUCUGAAAUAAUAUUUGAGCGGCAGGUUUUAUUGUGUUGCAUAUGCAGAAUUCUGUUGGUCGCUUAUUUCUGUACAAAGAUCUUCUUGCUGUCUUUAGAAAUACUCUGUGGCUUUUUAAAAAAAAAAUACUAAAAACACUGCCUUUGGUUAUUUACUUGCAUGCACUUUAAAUGUUUUGAACUGUGCUUUUGUUUUCCAGGACUCCUUCAGCAUGACUUUUCUGGUCAUUCAUGAUUGGUGAAUAAGGACCUUUAACCAUCAUUUUCCAAACACUAGUUAGAAACCGCUAAAAUUGAGCAUAACUGGAAAUGUAUGAAACAUUUCCAUUAUUUUUCUAUUACUACAGAAAGCUGGUUUCCAAAGAAUAGACAUCGGUUAAGUAUUCAACGUGUCUUUCGAAUUUUGUUACUAUUAACAUUUCAGAAACCCUUGCGCAAUCUAGUUUAAAAC